AUGAAUUCAGAGGGAGAAAUUGUUGUUGAAAUAAGAAAGCAUAUAGGCCACCUUAUACAAGUUAGAGAAGUGGGAGCAGUUCCGAAAGAAAUUGUACCAUCUUAUUUCAUAACAGAAAGUCUUCAUGUUAAAGAGCAACACAAGAGUUAUCCAGAAGACAGAGGUAGAGCCACGGAUAAAUCUUCUGUACUUUUGAAGAGAAAAGUAGCCAUUGGUUGUAUUCAUUCUGGUCUUAACGAACAUUCAGGUGCUUCUAGUUAUUCCUCCAAGUGUGAUCCUGUACAGUGCAAUCUACAACCAUUUACUAAAAUGAAUCCUGGAAAAGCAAAUGCAGACGACUUAUUUCCCUCUGAAGGAGAAAUCACUGAUGACACUUCGAAGAAAGCGAUCAAGCGAAAGUCAUCAGCUUCUGCUAGCACACCCAGAGCUGGUUCAUCGAAGAAGCCCAACUUCAAGCCGAUCCCCGAGAAGAAGAAUACCUGUACGGCUAAGGAGCUUUUCGGGACAGAUAGUGAAGAUGAUGAUAAUACAGAGCUACUGAGCGGUAAAAAUGCACCAAUAGUUUCUUAUAUAUCCAGACGCCUAGCGAAUGGUCAAUCACGGCAGGCUUAUGAUAGAAAACCAGGCAAUUAUUUUAUCGACUUAAAAGUGUACCGAUGUGAGGAUAUAGAACGAAUUCAACCUGUAAACAGGUGGCGUCAGGCUAUCAUUACAGUGAAGAAUCGCACCAACGAUGACUCGGAAGCCUGGCGUCAUCUAUCAAAUUUCUUAACCUCUACUCGUAAGGAGUACAGGCAGUGCCCAUCCAUCUUUAUUAGCAACUACUACUAG